AUGAGUCUGUUGUUGCUGGUGCUUUUCGGGGGGUUGCUCGCGUCAUAUGUCUCAGGAAAUCUGGACGUCGGUAGCCACUCUUGCAAUACCGUGGAAGGAGGAUAUCAGUGUCGUCCGGAAAUAUCUCACUCCUGGGGCCAGUAUUCUCCAUUCUUCUCCCUGGCAGAACAGUCGGAGAUCUCGCCAGAUGUCCCGCAGAACUGCAAGAUUACGUUUGUCCAGCUGCUAUCCCGUCACGGCGCUAGAUACCCCACGUCUUCCAAGACGAAGCGGUAUGCGAAGCUGAUCAGUCGGAUUCAGAAGACGGCUACCGCGUACAAAGGCGACUAUGCCUUCUUGAAAGACUACAAAUAUCAGCUGGGAGCGAACGACCUGACGUCCUUUGGGGAAAGCCAGAUGAUCCAGUCGGGCAUCAAGUUCUACAACCAUUACAAGAGUCUCGCCAGGAAUGUCGUCCCAUUCGUUCGUUGCUCCGGCUCCGAUCGGGUCAUUGCCUCGGGGAGACUGUUCAUCGAAGGUUUCCAAAGCGCCAAAAUGCUGGAUCCCCAUUCAGACAAGCGUGAUGCUCCCACGGUCAACGUGAUCAUCGAGGAGGGUCCGUCCUACAAUAACACGCUUGACACCGGCAGAUGUCCAGCCUUUGAGGACAGCAGCAGGGGACAUGACGAACAGAACAAGUUCGCCAAGCAAUUCGCACCGGCUAUCCUGGAAAAGAUCAAAGACCAUCUUCCCGGUGUGGACCUGACCGUGUCGGAUGUGCCAUACUUGAUGGACUUGUGUCCGUUUGAAACAGUGGCUCGCAACCGCACAGACACGCUGUCUCCGUUCUGUGCUCUCUUCACGCAAGAGGAAUGGCAGGCAUAUGACUACUACCAGAGUCUGGGGAAAUACUAUGGCCAUGGCGGGGGAAACCCGUUGGGGCCAGCCCAAGGCGUGGGGUUUGUCAAUGAGCUGAUUGCUCGCAUGACCCACAGCCCUGUCCAGGACCAUACCACAGUCAACCAGACUCUGGACUCGAAUCCUGCGACGUUCCCUUUGGACGCAACGCUGUACGCAGACUUCAGCCACGACAACACCAUGACGUCUAUUUUCGCGGCUUUGGGCCUGUACAACGGGACCGCGAAGCUGUCUACGACUGAGAUCAAGUCCAUCGAAGAGACGGAUGGCUACUCAGCGGCCUGGACCGUUCCUUUCGGGGGGAGAGCCUACAUCGAGAUGAUGCAGUGUGAUGAUUCGGACGAGCCAGUCGUUCGGGUGCUGGUCAACGACCGUGUGGUGCCACUGCAUGGCUGCGAGGUAGACUCUCUGGGGCGCUGCAGACGAGACGACUUUGUCAGGGGGCUGAGUUUUGCGCACCAGGGAGGGAACUGGGCGGGAUGUUACGCUGCUCCUGAGUAG